AUGGCUUCUAGAAAUUUGCCAACAGAACUAAGUGUUGGUGGUGGCAUCUGGAAGCACAGCCAUUCAAUGGAAUUCUUGGACCUGUUCUUGGUGGCUCUCGUGCCUGUGCUGGAGACACUCUUCAUCACUCUCCUUGGAUUACUAAUUGCAACCCAACGAUUGAAUCUCCUACGAACCGUUGAAUCAAGGAAUUGUUUGAAUAAGCUUGUCUUCUACAUUUUCUGUCCGGCGCUCAUAGUUGCGGAUUUGGCCGAAACGAUCACGUUCCAACGGUUGAUUGAAACGUGGUUUAUGGUGGUCAAUAUAUUUUUAACGAUAGUGGUUGGCUCCAUUCUCGGUUGGAUCCUAAAUAAAAUCGCCAGAACGCCUCAUCACCUGCGUGGCCUUGUUAAUGGUUUAUGCGGUGCUGGAAAUUUGGGGAAUAUGCCUCUUAUCAUUGUCCCAGCAGUUUGUGAGCAGAACAGCAGUAUAUUUGGAGAUUCAUCCACAUGCUCUGCAUAUGGAGACGCUUAUGCAGCAGUUUCUGCGGGACUAAGUUCAGUUUUUAUAUGGACAUAUUUGUUUAUCGUCAUGGGGGUAAGUACAGAUAAGAAUACUGAAAAUAAGAAUACCAGUGAAACCAUGACCAAUGCAACAUAUUCUACUGAAACCCUGGAAAGAUUUCCGGUAAAUAUCACACAAUCAUUGCUUACUUCAACGGACUCUGAGGAUGCCAAUCUGGAAUUAUAUUAUAAGUCCAAUUACGAAAUGGAUGGGCUAUGUCAAGCUGGAAAGAUUCUUUACACCAUUAACAUUUGCAGUGGUAAACAUUGUGAUAUUAUUGGAUUAGCCAUUGGAGCAAUUUCUCCAAUUCAAAAGCUCAUGGUUGGUGAUAGUGCUCCUCUUCGUUUUGUUCUUAUGCUUCAGUAUGCGCUUCCACCUGCUGCAAUCAUAGGUACCGUUGUCCAGAUGUUAGGGGUAGGUGAGAGUGAAUGUUCUCUUAUCAUGAUAUGGACAUACGCCAUUGCUACACUUACUCUCACCCUGUGGUGCACUUUCUUCAUGUGGAUAUUACAAUGA